AUGAGCCGCAGUCCAGAGAAGAUGUCUUCAUACCGCCGGCAUUUCGAGGGGACCCUGGCUGCCCCUCCUGCCUACCAGCUCCGGGUGUCCAGUCGCUCUCCCACCCGAAGGGGGACCCGCCACCGGUCGGCCAGUUUCACCCGGAGUGGGACGAUGGGCCGCAGAGCCAUCUCAAACAAGGCUUGCAUGAACAGCAGUGCGAGUAUGGGAGCGCUGUGCUUUGGCAUGUCCAUGGGGCUAGGGCCAAAACUGGACCUGGAUGCGGCUGCAGCAGAGAACCAGGCCUUUAUGACGACCCGCACCACUGAGAGGCAGGAGAUGGUAGCACUCAACGACCGCCUGGCAGUGUAUAUUGAAAAGGUGCGAAACCUGGAGUCAAAAAACAAGCUGCUGGAAGUUGAGAUUGAGGCCCUGAAGAGCCGCCAUGUGAGACCAUCAGGCCUCAGGCAGCUGUAUGAGUCCCAGCUGAAGGAGCUCAACAGGGACGCAGAGAGAAUAAGAAUCCAGAGGGAUAUGUCUUUGGCAGCCAAGGAGGCGAUGUUGGGCCAGUUUGAGAUGCUGAAGGCCAAAUACGAUGAGGCUGUGAAUGCCCGGAAAAAGGCGGAGCAUGAUAUUGAGAAUCUCCGUCCGGAAGUGGAUAAAUCAACUUCAUUACGGUUUGCGCUGGAGAAACAGCUGGAAAACCUGGAGAUUGAGCUGGCCUUCCUUCAGAGAGUUCACAAGGAGGAAAUUGAGGAGCUGGUGCAAAUGAUCUGUUCAGCAACCACCAAGGUGGACCUAACCUUUGGCCUCCCGGACCUCUCCUCUGCUCUCAAACUGAUACAGUCUCAGUAUGACAGCAUUGCUGCAAAAAACCUGCAGGAAAUGGACACUUGGUACGGGACAAAGUUUCAGGACCUGAGCAGCGCCUCCACCAAACACGUUCGAAGCACUCGAAGUAUUAGAGAGGAAAUCGCAGGCUAUAAGAAGGAUCUUCUCAACAAGGAACGUGAAUUGGAGGCACUGAAGACAAAGAAUGAGUAUCUGGAGGCUCAGAUUCGUGAUGCAGUGGGAAAGUACAAGGAGGAGGAGGAGGACUUACAGGAGCGUAUAGAGGCGAUUAAACUGGAUCUGAAGGUGACCAAAGAGAAGAUCGCUCUGCUGCUGCGGGAAUACCAGGAACUGCUAAAUGUAAAGAUGGCUCUGGAAAUUGAGAUCACCACCUACAGGAAGCUGAUUGAGGUGGAAGACAGCCGUCUGGACACCAUGGUCCGAAACCUGUCCCUCACUGGAGGACUGCAUCUCACCUCAGGUGUCUGCAUGCACGAUGCCUCGGCCCCUGCAGCCACUUCAAAGCUAGACGGGGCCUCCGGCGACACGACCAGUAGCGGGGCUGAGAAAGCUCCGGCUACUGCCCGGGUGGAGGUGGCCUCAUCAGACAGUCACUUAGAGGAGCAGGCGACUGAGAGGUCUGAGAGGAGGACUGUCCUGAUCAGAACAGUUAAGACAGAUGAGGACACUUAUGAGCGCGACACGCUGGAGCACACCAUCACCAUUUCUGGAGCGGCGGACGACACAGAUGAAGAAUAG